CUUUCUGGGUAACAGUGAUUCUGACAAUAUUCUCUGUACGAAAAACCCUUUAACCCCAUGCAAACUGUUUCCUCUAGGAAAUCGUGACCCCAUCUCUUUACUUUACUUAUUAAAUCCAAAUCUCAUUUCGUGUUUCAUCAAAUCCAAUCCCUCACAUUAAUCUUAUGUAUUGCUGUUUCACUGUCCAAAAAAGGAGAAUCAAAACUUUGCCUUUUUGUCUUGUCCUUUCUCCCCUUUUAACUAUUUUCCUUUUUGAGUUUUUUAUUUUUUUUUGUUGCUCAGCAUCGUAACGCGUAACAACAACACAUUAUCGAUGAAACAUUACUGCAUUUUUCUGCAUAAAUCACACUAAUGUAUCAGUAAAACCGCACUCACUCACCCAUUGUUUUUGUUGCCCUUUUUUGAACCCUAUUUUAUUCGGCUUACUUCAUUCUCUUUUGUUAACUACGAUUCUAGGGUUUCUACUGUACUUACAAGUGACUUAGCUUAGUGUACUUCACCUAAAUCUAUGCUGUAUGUUGUUGGGAGUUUAUUGUGGAUUUUACACCUGAAGCUAGAUCAUUGCUGUGGAAUCUGAGGUUACACAGAUUUAAAAUGGGGUUAAAUUGGAUUAUGGAUCUGAUUGAGUCCUCUCAAGUUUGCUGAAAGCAUGUAAACUGGAGAUCUUUUGCUUCCUGGUGUUGUUUCUGCUGCAUUUCGGGGUUGUUGAGAAGGGCAAAUCAAUCUUUUUGCGGUUAGCUAAGUGAGAUUUCUAAUUUCAACGGACUAAUAAAACACUUAAUUGCCUAGACAUUGAUAAGGAAGUUGUUUGUUUUGCGCGCAAGCUAGCUUAGACACCACAUUUAUCGAAAAAAAAAAAAGGAAGUUGUUUGUUUCGUAAUGGAUUUCUUCAAAGUAAAGAAGUUCAGAAAGGCUCAUAAACCGGAACCAAGGACGGAUAAGGAGGACAAACCUGUUCCGCUUCCAGGAGAGCAAAAGAAUGAGAAUGGUAAUGUGGGAAAAUCAGCUGAUGUUGAUUCGACUAAUGCUGAACUAGAAGACGACGAUGAUGAUUUCAUAACGAAUGAGGUAAAGAGGAGGUUGAAGGAACUGAGAAGAAACAGUUUUAUGGUAUUGAUUCCUGAAGAGUCAACUCCAGAAGAUGAAGAUGCAGAUGAUGAAGAAGAACAGGCGAACAUGAAUCCGAGUGAUUGGAGGGAUGUUGAAGCAGAAGGACGACAGUUUUGGUCUGGGUUCAAUGCUGUAUAUGACAAAUACUCUGAAAAAAUGCUGUUUUAUGACCGCCUACAUGCUCAGCAGCUGCGUGAAUUUGGUUUGCAUACUCCAUCUACUUCUUCUCCAAGUCCAAGAUCUGCAUCUAAAAAGCUUGUAUCCCCCUUUCGGUGCCUGUCCUUGAAAAAAAUGGAUGAAUCUCAAGAUGAAACUGAGCACUUGCACCAGCCUGUGGCUAACCUUCAUCAAGAUCUUGAAACCGCUUAUGUAGCUCAGUUGUGCUUGACCUGGGAAGUUCUUCACUGUCAACACACACAAUUGAGUCAGAAAAUCUCUUGCCAACCUGAUAGUCCCAUCUCCUAUAAUCACAGCGCUCAGCAAUUUCAGCAGUUCCUGGUCUUGUUACAACGAUUUAUUGAAACUGAACCUUUCGAACCGGGUACGAGGCCUGAAAUUUAUGCUCGCAUGAGAAAUGCAUUGCCUAUGCUACUUCAGGUUCCUAAAGUCCAAGGUUCUGAUCAAAAGAAAUUGGAAGAUGAUGAGUUGCCAGUUCUUGCUCCAGAUCUACUUAAAGUGAUUGAAAGUUCAAUCCUCACUUUUCGUCUAUUUGUGAAGAUGGACAAGAAGGCUAGCAGUGUACGCAAUCUUUUCGGAAGUCAGAACCAGAUGGCAACCCCUGUUCAUCAGAUUCAAUGUUCUCUUGAAAAGAAAAAAGUGAAACUGAAGGAACUACUGAAAAGAACCAAGAACUUGAAGAAGAAAUCAUGGCCUCCCAUGCCAGGGGAUGUGGACCUGUUGCUUGGCCUAAUUGAUAUUAAAGUCAUGAAUAGGGUUCUAAGAAUGGAAAGAAUAAGUAAGGAGCAGUUAUUCUGGUGCGAAGAAAAGAUGAAGAAGCUAGAUGUAAAUGAAGGCAAACUACAGAGAGACCCUUCUAUCAUCUUAUUUCCUUGUUAGCAGCAGGUGAACAGGAACACUCUUGAAUUGCUAGAAAGGCCACUAUUGUCUGUUUUCCUCUGUAUUGGUUGUAUAAUAGGGUGGUUAUUCUUCAUCAACUGUUUGACAAUGGUAGUUUUGAGUUUUCUAGUUGAAAAGACUCGAGUUUUAUUUA